AUGAAGCUUUCCGCCGUCUUCGUUACCUUCCUCGCCACCCUGGUCGUUGGUUCUCCCAUCGACUCCACGGAUGCCGUUCUUAAGCGUCAAGCUGCCGAGGCCUGCUCUGUAGGCUACUGCACCCAGAAUGGAGGCACCACUGGCGGUGCUGCUGGAUCUACCAUUACUGUAAACACUGUUGCUGCCCUCAUCGAGGCUGCUAAGCGUGACGGCCCCCUUACUAUCAUCGUGUCCGGCCAGCUGAGCGGCAGCGACCGUGUCCGCCCUACCUCUGACAAGACCAUUAUUGGUGCCGCCGGUAGCUCCAUCACCGGCGUGGGAUUCUACGUCCGCCGUCAGAGCAACGUCAUCCUCCGCAACCUCAAGAUUGCCAAGGUCCUUGCCGAAAACGGUGAUGCCAUCGGAAUCGACGAGUCCACCAAUGUCUGGGUCGACCACUGCGACCUUUCUGGAGACCUGAGCGCUGGCAAGGACGACCUUGACGGCCUCCUCGACAUCUCCCACGCUGCUGACUGGGUUACCGUCUCCAACACCUACUUCCACGACCACUGGAAGGGCUCCCUGAUCGGACACUCGGAUAGCAACGCCGCCCAGGACACUGGCAAGCUCCGCGUCACUUAUGCCAACAACUACUGGAAGAACGUCAACAGCCGACAGCCUCUCAUUCGAUUCGCCACCGUCCACAUCGUCAACAACUUCUGGGAUACCAUGACUCUCUCCGGUGUCAACACCCGCAUGGGAGCCCAGGUCCUGGUCCAGAGCUCUGCCUUUGUCAACUCCGCUGAACGUGCUAUUUUCUUCGCCGACUCCAAGGAGACUGGAUAUGCUGUUGUCGAGGAUGUUUCUUUCGGUGGCUCCAUCAACUCGGCUCCUCUCGGCACGCUCACCUCCGCCAAGCUGCCUUACAAGGUCACUGCCCUGGGCUCUGGCAAGAUUGCCAGCACCAUCCCCACCACUGCGGGACAGAAGCUGUAA